AUGGAAGUACGUAUCAACCAUCCCCAGCCAACACCAAUACCAUCCAAACUGGGCGGUCAGUUGACACAACAACAGAUGCAGCAGAUGCAACAACUACAACAGCAGCAGCAACAGCAGCAACAACAACAGCAACAGCAACAGCAACAACAGCAACAAGACCUAUCAUACGGUGCACUAUGGAAGAAGGUCACCCAAGAGAGAAGGAAACUUAAUCUAAUCGAUCUUGUAACAUUCGAUUGGACAAAGGAUGAAAUGUCCGCCAACAAGUUUAUAGAGUUUGCCAUCAACUUGGUCACAUUCAAUCAGAGCUACGUGACGGAUGUGUUCCAAAUGUUGACAUCUAUAUUCGAACCAUACAAGCAUACGCAAUCUAAUAAUAAUGGACCUGGCAAUUUCAUCGACUAUGACAAGUACAAUAGGAUCACAACCAGAGUGCACUAUGCCAUCAACAAGAUACUGGCUGUUCUGCCGCUCAGUUCACAAGCAUUGAUUGAGGUCAUCGUCCAGAAGUUCCCUCACUUUGCCCAUCCAGUUGAAGUGCAUCACUUCUUCAUCAAGAAUGCCCUACUCGUCACCCGUUACUGUCCCAGCAUCUCCUCAAGAAUGAUCUCAUCGGUCAUGAAUGCACUUGUCCUCAUUGAUACUACUAUAACAAUUGAAGAGUUACCUGAUGAAGAGGACUUGCAGUUUGAUAUUGAUGAGAAGAAACAGGAUGAUAAUAAGAGCGCUACUAAUGCCAACAAGUUGGAUAUGUUGAUGUGUUUGAUGUUCCAGUAUUUGGACGCAUGCUUCUCCGUGCCCCAACAAGAUGGCACUGGCAAUAUAUUCGUGUUUGAGGGAAGCGCCGAAGCCGACCUCAUGUCGCAGGACGACCUCUUUCACAACCUGAUCAAGGCGUUCGAUACCAGCGUCCUCCCCACCUACAAAUCCAAGUACACCCAGUUCCUGCUGCUCUAUGUGUGCCGCAUCUAUCAGCGCAAGAACGCCUUCCAGCCACUCAACGUCAACUCCUCUCUCCUGCAGGCUCAGUCCCUGCUGUCACCAUUUAAGCAGCCGUCGUCGCCAGGCGGCAUGGGCCUCUCGCCCAAGAAGUUCUCAUCAUCACCUCGCAAGCACAAGACCUUCCUACACAACGAACCGGUCCAAGUGGGCGACCGCUCACUCUACGCCGAGUCCUACCUGCGCUACCUCUUUGGCAAGCUCAACAACGACAGGAACCCAUCGAUUGUGCGCACGGCCUGCGCGGCAUACGUCGGCGGCUUCAUCUCUCGCGCGCGCUACCUGCCGCCCCAUCUGAUCCGUCUGGCGUUCAAGGAGCUGGUGCUCUUCUCCGUGCAGUACGUAGACCGCAACGACACCAAGAUGGGCAGUGACUUCACAUUCAAUCCAAAGCUACACUCGGUCUUCUACUCAGUGUGCCAAUCUGUAUAUUAUAUCUUCUGCUUCAGGAACAACAUCAUCCUGGACUUUAGCCAGGAGAACGACGCGCAGGGCGAGAAGAAGCGCGAGUACUGGCAGGACCUGCAUGAGGCCUUCCGCAAGGUCAGCUCGUCGCGUCUCAACCCCUUCCACGUGUGUCUGAGGAGCGUCGUCAAGCAGUUCUGCGCGGUGUGUCUGCGCGUGGGUAUCUUCACCAAGUGCACCAGCAUCUUGCAGGCCAACAAGAAGGUGACCAAGACCACAGCGUCUGGCUUCCAAUCGCAGUUCCAGUCACAGCAGCAGCAGAACCAGCAGUUCGAUUCAUUCUUCCCCUUCGACCCAUACUUGCUGCUGGCGUCCAACAAGUACGUGGAGAACACAUAUCUGCAUUGGAAGGAUGUCAUGAAGGAUGAGGACGACAUUGACCUCGAGGAGAUGUCCGAUCAGGAGGACGACGACAACGAUGCCAAGAAGAUGUCGUCAGACUCUGACUCUGAAUUCAGUGACUUUGACUCGGAGGAUGAUAGUGAUGACAAUAACAGUGAUGAAGAGGUUGGAUCUGACUCUGAGAUUGAUCAACUCACCGAAGACUUUAUGUCAUUCACUCCCACCGGUAUGCCAGAUGCCGCUCAUCAACACUUUAAGAACAGAGGUCUAUAA